GGGCGUUAACUUCCGGAACCUGCUUUCAGUCAAGGGAAUGUGUGCAAAAAGCUGACCUGCUUGUUUCUUGGAGCAGGUCAUGUAAAUAUGUCUCUGCUUCUCUAGAUUUAGCUAGGAAAUGCAGCUGAUCCCUUAUUGAGGGGGCUGGCCUCAAACAUGCUCUGCCAAGAAGCUACUUCAUUCAGACUUUAGAGAUACACAGCGUCUGAUUCCUUAUGCUGUGCCUUCCUGCAUUGCACUUUCAUAAGUAGUUCUUAUUGGAACGCCUGUUAAAUUUACGAAUCGGAAGGGAUAUUGGUUUUUCAUUCAAAAAGCUUUUAAAAGAUACAUUUUUUUUUUAAUGUGCGGCAUUUUUUGUAUACAUUCGUUUGACUUGUGCCAGGUGUGCCUUAUAUUAAAUACUAAAAUCGUUUUUACCAUAAAUUAUUAUUCUGAUUGAUCCAAGAUUUUAUUCUUUGUGAAAAUGUCCCUGUCUUCCUGCUGCAAUGGAACAGAGAUGCUGACAUGCUUGGAACUUGACCUGAAAUUCCCUGAUGUAGACGUAAAUGGCUCUGAAACCACUACCCCAGCAAGAAACUUCAAAGCUGGACUAGAUGUCAACACAAGGAAGAAAUUUGCAUUUGCAAAAAAGAAGGCCUUUGCUCUUUUUGUGAAAGAACUUCAGGCAACUGUUCAUAAGCCUCAAACUAUGCAUUCUGAUGUUCACUGGAAAUGUUGUGGGCUGGAAUUCAUGGACCUGACAACUAUUCACAAGCACGUUGCUGCACAACAUUCAAAUGAAGUUUUGCAAUUAACAGAAUACAUUUUAGAAGAAUUUGCUCUAGCUGCUGCAACCACUGUGCCAUGUACUGAACCCUCAGAAAACUCUGGUGCUUUAAUAGACUCUUGGAACAGGUGUCCUAUUUUUGAUUGGUUACCAGACACAAGUGACGUCAGCCAAGAUGAUCUAACAAGUGAGCCAGGGGAAGUACUUUUAUACUACUGCUACUGUGAUGUAAAGGAUCCGCAGUGGAUCUGUAACUGGCAACGGGCUAUGUGUCAGCUGCUUCAUCUAACAGGAAAAAUCCGAAUUGCUGCAGAAGGAAUCAAUGGAACUGUUGGCGGAAGCAAAGUAUCCACCAAGCUGUAUAUUAGUACCAUGCUGUCACAUCCACUUUUCAGGGAUAUGAUGUGUUUGGAAGAUUUUAAGACAAGUGAUGGUGGAGCACAUUGCUUUCCAGACCUUAGAGUUGGUGUCUUCCAAGAAAUUGUGCCAAUGGGAAUUGAGCCACAAAAAGUCUCUUACAAAGAAAAUGCUAUUCAUUUGUCCCCAAAGGAAUUUCAUGAAAAAGUUACAAAAUAUUUAUCUGAAGUUAGUAAACCAGACCUGAAUACAAUUCUACUGGACUGUCGCAAUUUUUAUGAAAGCAAAAUCGGUCAAUUCCAAAAUUGUUUGGCUCCAGAUAUCAGAAAAUUCAGCUACUUUCCAAGCUACGUCGAUCAAAACCUUGAGCUCUUUAAAGAUAAGACAGUGUUAAUGUAUUGCACUGGAGGAAUUCGUUGUGAAAGGGGCUCUGCUUAUCUCAGGUCCAAGUCUGUCUGCAAAGAAGUUUACCAGCUUAAAGGUGGCAUACAUAAAUACCUCGAGCAGUUUCCGGAUGGAUAUUUCCGAGGGAAGCUUUUUGUUUUUGAUGGACGUUAUACAAUUUCUUCUAACAAUGACAUCAUAUCCAACUGCUGUUACUGUGGUAUAGCUUGGGAUGAAUACAAGCUCUGCUCCACUACACGCUGCUGCCAGCUUGUACUGACGUGCGCAGAAUGUCGGAGGAAAGGCCUCACAGCAUGUUGCCCCACAUGUCAGCUGAAAGAGGUUAACAUGUCUCCUGAAUCAAGUCAGCAACAUUUUAAAGAAGAGUGUGAAUGCACAGACAAGAGACCUAAAAUACCAACUGAAAACAACUAAAUCUUCCGAUCGAUAAAAAUAGGUUUAAGCCAAACAUAAAACAUUUUUUUAAUGCUAAAGAUACGUGUUUUUUACUAUUUUUACAAAUCAGCUCAGGCAUUCUAUAUAUUUCAAUAUAUAUAUAUAUAUAUAUAAAUAUAUAUGGAAAAGGCUUUUUAGUUGUCAUCUUGUGCCUCCUCGGGUUUAUGGCACAGAUUUGGUUUUUGGGGGGUUUUUUCUGAUUUUUAUCACUAAAAGUUGCGAGGAAAAAAGUUGCAACUUUUUUGAGAUAUACUGAGCGUCCAAACAGUUAAAAGUCUGAAUCUGACAAUCAGCCAGCUAAAACUUGCCGAGAUCAUGUAGAAGUCAAUGGCAGAUGCCCCUUCCCUUUUAUGAAGGUUUUACAGUUUUGAUGCUGGUUUUUGUGCGACAAUUUGGAAAGUUUGAGUUUUCGUGGCAACAACUCGGAAAAGUUGUCAUGUCUGCGAGUUUAUCACACACUGACUUUUUCAGUUUGGAUUUUUUGGUAAAUGUCAGACAUUUAUGGAAAUGAGUUUAGUCAAAUUUUUAAAAAUAUAUAAUAGGGUUUUAGUAAAUCUGCCCCGUACCGUUUUUAAUACUAAGGACCUCUCAGGAAAAUCCCUCUUGUUCCCCUGGAGCUGCUUUCUAAACAGAAAUGUGCUGGCUAUUGCAGUUGCUCACACUGCAAGAAAUAUUUGGGAAUGCUCACUUUUGUAGUCAUUUCCUUGAAUGACAGGGAAUGGCUGCAGGUGGGCAAGGGUGUUUUUCAAAGCUGCAUGAACAUAUAGCCAUACACUGUAAGAUCCAGUUGUUUGGUAAGGUUCCCAAACAAGCAGAUCUUUCCUUGAAUUGGCCUCCCUUGAGUUGGGUCUAACCGGCUGAUUUGGCCCCCGUGCCAUAAUGAGCACCUAUUUGGGUCUAGUGAUAAAUGAGCUGUUGGGGUCCUUAUAAAUUGGAUUUUUGAUCAGUCUGGCAGUCCAUCAGUUUGGCUAGCUUUACAAUGAACACUUACCAUGCACAUUUAGGAAU